AUGGCCUCGCGCGAGAUCCCCCUGGACGAGGUCCAGUGGCACCACCCCGAGCUCGCCGACUCCAUGCAGGGCAUCCACAGCAACAGCGUGCUCUUCUACUUUGCCCAGUCGCCCUUCUUCGACAACACGUCCAACAACGCCGUCGUCGCCAACCAGGCCAUGUUCAGCUCGGCCAUGUACCAGUACAUCACGACCCGCGAGGCCUUCGAGGGCCGCCUCAAGACCAUGAGCGGCGUCGAGUUCAUCGUCGCCGAGCAGCCCGCCCAGAUGGCCCCCGGCACCGGCACCGGCGUCUGGGUCAUCCGCAAGCAGACCCGCCGGAAGCGGCCCGGCGACGACGACGAGAUCACCGUCCACGCCACCUACUACGUCGUCGGCUACAACAUCUACAUGGCCCCGACCUUUGCCAGCAUCCUCAGCUUCCGCCUGGCCACCAUCACCGACUCCCUGCGCAAGUGCUUCCCCGCCGCCGACGAGGUCCGCAAGUGGUCGCCCGCCCAGGGGCACUCGUACAAGGCCCUGCCCGCCCCCUCCAACGCCCGCGAGCGCCAGCUGGCCUCCAAGGAAGCGACGCCCGCGCCGGCGCCCGAGGGCCAGGCCAAGAAGCCGGCCCAGUCCGGCACCCUGGACGCGCGCCUGGCCGAGCAGUCCUUCAUGAUCCAGAUGCAGUACGGCGGCGAGUACAUGGACGAGAACCCCAUCACCGGCAAGCCCGGCGAGUUCCACCUGUCCUCGACCGGGCGCAAGGAGCGGCCGCGCACCCGCCCCCCGACACUGAACCCCCUGACGACGAACCUCAAAACGCCCGUGGCCGCCAAGCCGAGCGACAAGAAGGACGGGACCAAGGAGGCCAAGACCCCCAAGACCCCCAACAGCGGCAUCUCCAAGCCGAAGCGGAAAAAGACCAAGACGGGGCUGACGCCCGGCGCCACGCCCUCGUAG